CAGCAAGUGAGUCACCCUAUCUAUAAGUAGACACAGCUUGAACCAUGGCUGGUUACUCCUGCAAGCCAGUACACAAGAUGAGGUCUCUUAUUUUACUAGGUUUCUUGGCGGUAGCUCUGCAGGUUAAUGCCCAACAAGGUUUUGUGAGCAUAGACUGCGGCAUGGAUGGAUCUACGAGUUACAAUGAUACCGUCACGGGAAUCACAUACGAUCCAGACGCGGAAUAUAUCAACUCGGGGGUAAACUACAAAAUCGAUAAGACGUACUUAGAAACAGGUAUUCCAGUGCAGGCCGAGACGCUUCGAGCCUUCCCAGAUGGAGAUCGCAAUUGCUACACCAUCGACGGAAUAAUCCAAGGAGAUAAAUACCUGAUCCGAGGUUUGUUCUUUCAUGGCAAUUAUGAUGGACUGACCUCGGUUGCAUUCGAACUCCAUCUUGGAAUGAACUUUUGGCAACUAGUGAAUAUUACUGAGCCAUCGGAUCCAAUAUGGAGGGAGAUUAUCACUGUUGCUCAGGACAUUUCUUUCUCGGUGUGUUUGGUCAACAUUAAUUCUGGUACUCCUUUUAUUUCUGCGCUUGAGUUGAGACAUAUUGGUAGCACAGAUGUUUACAAAGAUGUAAAUCAGACCAACUCCCUGGUGCUAUAUGCUAGGGUUAAUACGGGAGAUGCUGCUCAAGACAUAAGGUAUCCCGAUGAUGCCUAUGAUCGCAUCUGGCAGCUCUACAUUACACCAACUGUAUGGGCCGACAUAAAUUCCUCGCUGCCGAUUCAGACGAGCCCAGGCGAUGCCUUCCAAGUGCCUGCUGUUGUAAUGGCCACCGCCGUGACGCCGGCAGAUGACACUUAUUUGAAGUUCUACUUCCGAGCGGACACCGGAGUCGUCUACUACGUCUACAUGCACUUCGCGGAGUUUGACGCCCUCAGCCAGACCGAGAAUAGAACGUUUGAUGUGCUCGUGAACGACGAACUCGAAGUGAGCAGCUUCAAACCGGAGUAUCUCCUGUCAACUCAUAUAAGCCUGAGCGUCACGUCUGCCCUCGGGACGGAGGUCACCUGCAAUUUUACCUUAAACAGCACUAGUGGCUCGAGCUUUCCUCCCAUCCUCAAUGCGAUAGAGGUCUACAGUGUCCUUCCACUGCAAUAGGGAUCUACAGGGCACAACAACCUACGUACAGACAUGAUGGUAGUUCAUCUUGGCGCUUACGCAUUACGUUUAAUGUUGUGUGGUUAAUAAGUCUGUACGUUUGAUGACAGAAUAAGUAAUCGUAUUUCAUUAAAUAAGGCUUGAACCAAGUCAACUUUCCUUGUAUUUUCCCAAAAGUUAUCAGUCUUUACUAGCA